ACUUUUCUGAGUCUAUGACAAGUCAUGUAAACAUUGAUCCAUCAUUCUGGCAAGGCACUAAAUGAAUGGCCAUGAAACACUACACACACAUACAGUACAUAGAAUAAGUGUGUUUUUUGUUUGUGUCUUUGUGUCAGACGUCCAGCAGCUGAUCGGUAAUCCAGAAGAAGUUUCCCCUCAGUUAGGGGGGAGCUCCACUUUGAAGCAGGAGACUCCACAACCACCCUGCAUUAAAAAGGAAGAGGAGGAACUCUGCAUCACUCAGGAGGGAGAGUGUCUUCUAGGACGAGAGGAAGCUGAUUACACCAAGUUUCCACUGAGUAUUCUCUCUGUGAAGACUGAAGAUGAUGAAGAGAAACCACAAGUAGACAACCUCUUAGCUCCACUAUCAGAUAGUGAGGCUGAAGACGAGGUUGAAGAACCUUUGAGCAGCGAUACAGACUGUGAAGGUGAUAUGAGGACUCACACUGACAACAAACACUCUGAAUGCUCUACAAAGAAGAGAGGUAAAACAUGUUUGAGCUGCUCAGUUUGUGCUAAAAGUUUUACUAAAAAGAGCCAUUUGACUGAACACAUGAGAACACACACAGGUGAAAAAACAUUUAAUUGUUCAGUUUGUGGCAAAAGUUUUUGUCAAAAUAGCCAUUUGACUGAACACAUGAGAACACACACAGGUGAAAAACCAUUUAGUUGUUCAGUUUGUGGCAACAGCUUUUCUCAAAAUGGCUCUUUGACUCACCACAUGAGAACACACACAGGAGAAAAAACAUUUAAGUGUUCAGUUUGUGGCAAAAGCUUUUCUCGAAAUAGCAUUUUGACUAAACACAUACGAACACACACAAGAGAAAAACCAUUUAAUUGUUCAAUUUGUGGCAAAUGCUUUUCUCAAAAUAGCCAUUUGACUGAACACAUGAAAACACAUACAGGUGAAAAACCAUUUAAGUGUUCAGUUUGUGGCAAAAGUUUUUCUCGAAAUAGCCAUUUGACUGAACACAUGAGAACACACACAGGAGAAAAAACAUUUAACUGUUCAGUUUGUGGCAAAAGCUUUCCUCAUAACAGCUCUUUGUAUCGACACAUGAGAACACACGCUGGAGGAAAACCAUUUAGUUGUUCAGUGUGUUGUAAAAGGUUUACACAUAAUGCAGACGCAGUAAAACACAUAAGAACACACAAGGGAAAAUAGCCAAUUAGAUGUUUAGUUUGUGGUAUGUUGCUCAUAUGUGGUGACAUCCACCCUACCCAGGACCUCCUCACUGCUUCUUUCACAAAUAUCUGAGGUAUUCAUACAAACUUGGAUUAUUUGGAGCAUAAUCUUCACUACCCAUGACCCCAUGUCUUCUCUGUAUCUGAAACCUUCCUGAACAGUAAGAUAGAUGAUGCUUCAAGUGCUUGGUUACUCCUUCUUCAGUCCAGGGACCUGGGGCCUCAUGUGUCAAGUUUGUGCACGCUCAAAAACCUGCACUACACCCUUUUUCACUGCAAAGUUGAGAUGUAUCAAAACUGACGUUGACGCAUAAGUGAUGCUGGGUAACUGUUCCCACAAUGGACCACAAUGGAAACAAGCCUUUUGGCUUUUUGUGCCAUCCAUUUGCCUUUUUAAAGCAUUACAUGCAUUCAAUUAUUUAAGAUGUCAAUAAACGUCUCAAUCAAUCGAUCCCAUAAAGUGGCAACCUUUGACCUCAGAGACAUAUGAACAAUUAAACCCUAAACCUCCCUCGACAUUCGGGCAUAACAGGUUCAAUUCGGCCCGUGAGAUUAGUGGGUUAAGAGUAAAAGUCAGCUGCAUUUUUUUAUGACAGAAACUGCUGUACUAAAUGUGUCCACUGGAUGUCGCAAUUUCAAUUGUGUUAGGCAAGCAAAUAGCUUGUUUCUGGGCGAGUAAGUAUAUCAAGCAAGAGGUACACAGUCUUUAUUAAAGGAUAUAUAUAUAUAUAUUAUAUUUUAGAAUAUAUUAUAUU